UUCUACGCGUGCGCUAAACGUGUAAUUUACUUAUGUGUGUGGGAGUAAUUUUUUUUUUACAUAUGAGUGCAAGAAGGCCUAAGUCCUUAUUAAAUAUUCAAAUGCCGAGCUCAAGAAUGGAUAUUUAUAUAACAAAGGGAAUAACCAACCCCAACUAUCCUGGAUUUCAAAAAUUUGCACAUACCCUUUCUGAUGACUACAUUGAGUACUCUGACAUGGAAUGUAACGAGAGUGAUUUAACCGAUAGUGACAGAGAGGAUGACCAAAACACGUUUCAAAACAAGGUUGUCGGCAGAAAAGGCUCGGAAACGUUUGAAAAUACCCAGGAUCUGAUUUCGAGUAACUGUAUCAAUGGAAAUACAUAUUCCUUUGAGGAAACUGAAAACCGAUCCUCACCCUCAAAUAUACCGGACAUUGUUAAUAAGAACUAUGACGCAAAAUCGGAUAACUCUAUGCGAUCUUUUAAUAAGCCGGACCUUAUUCAUAAUCUAAGUCAGAAUUAUACAACCAAUUUUGACUUUUCCUCCUGGUCAUGUACAAUUAAUUCUAUAUAUGAGGGACAACUACAAGGACAAAGUCCGAUCGAUAUCGUUGGAGACUUUGGUGGAGAAGUGGAGCGUGAAUUCGAGCUACUAAUCACAGGAUACAAAAACAAGAAUGCUCUAGAUGAGUUACAGGGAUCAAAUUUGACGAAGAUUUGUGACGCGGAACUAUCAACUGGAACCGAAGCAUUAAAGCAUACACCUUCAACGCGAUUGUCCGGACAGAGCAUUCGCAAAAAUAAAAAGAAAACCCCUCCAUAUGGGAAUGAGUUAAUAAAAACAAAACAUCAAAAACCAUCGCAUGAUGAACGACAGCUACCACCAGACACCUUUGAGUAUAAAACAUGUAACCAACGAAAAUAUAUCUUAUGUGAUUCUGAAAAUUAUUCGUCCUCAUCGGAAAAAAACAAAAACGAAAUGCAGAUCGGCAACCUGGGUGAAUUACCAAACUGUAGCAAUUCGGAAGUCGGACAAGCCCAGAACCAUCUAGAGGAGGACAAUAAAAAUAAAGUAAAUCGGAGGAAUUUAAACCAAUCAUGUUGGUCUCAAUACCUGGAAGAUCCCAUAAAGUAUUCUAAAAAUGCAUCUUCUACUAUGGUUUUAGAGCAAUUUGAUGCGUACAAGGUGGCAAAUGACAUGGACGUGGAAACAUUACAAAAUCAUUUUAAGAAGGUUAAGCAAAUAGAAAAAAAGCGUCGUUUUAACCGAGAUGAAAUUCGUAAACGAUUGGCGAUCGGAGAUAAAGAUCCUUUGAAUAAUGAAAUCAAAAAAGAGGAAUUUCUUACUGGCUCCGACAAUGAAAGCUAUAGUUCUGAUUCAGAAACAUGUCCCAAAUUAUCAAGUGGAGUACCUCGUAAGCAAUCGGCUUUCUGUGAAACGAAACGCAAUAAGGAAUUCGAAAACGAUAAAAUAUUUCAAAAGAACCAAAUAAAUCAAGAAAAAACCACAAAUCAUAAUAAUAAUGGAAAUUCUACGGAUAAAUCAAAUUUUCCAUCAAAUGAAAAUUUGUAUUUCUUUGCGAACCAAUCGAAGCUCCAAAUAGAGGUUAGAAUAGCUCUAGCUCAAUCAAAGGAAAUUGCCCAAAUGAAAGUCAAGGUAAAGAAAAACGGAGUAACACCGAUUGUUGAGGUGAUUCGCUCAAUGCUGUCUGAUGUUGGCAUUAAAAUGAAUUCAAAUCAUCGAUGGAUAUCAAGACAGUUGCUCACUGGAAUACAAGUUCCGACUCUACAGUUGUUGGUCAAUAAUCUUCAAAAAUACAUUGAAAACUUAAAUGUAACCCUACUAGAAAGCCUAAGAGAACGAGACGAUCUAAAUUCGGAGCAAGAUGACAUAUUACACGAUUUAGAAAAAAUUAACAACUUUUUUGUUUUUCAACAACAAUCGGGACUACAGGUCAAUAAAACAGUUAAACACGGCCUUCUAGAUUAAACACUCUAAAAUUGCAUAUGUUAUUAAAAGUUUGUUUAAAAAUAUUAUUCACUUGUAUAAUUGAUACCAAUCUACCGAGACCGUUUAUAAAACACAUACUCAAAAAUGUUCUUUAAACACUGUUAUAUUUACAUAAUCAUUUAAUUCUAUAUAAAUAAAAGCUAAAGCAAAUUAUUUAUAUUAAUAC